AUGCAACCCCCAUCGGAUGCCUUUCUUCACCACUCCCACAAGCUCAGAGAAGCGGCUGCCAACCUGCGCAAUCGCGUGGCCUUCACACCACCUCCACCAUACUCCUCGACAGACACACGAGGUCCAAUCCAAGAAGAAAGACAAACUGGUGUUGAGAAUGAGGACGACGACUACAUCUGGGACGCCAGCUCGAAUGUCAGCCCCAGCCCUAUCACCAUCAAUAUCGACGCAUCCAUCAAUGUCGUGGGGAACGGCAACACGAUCAUGAUCCCUUCAAUGACCGGCCAGGCCCAGCAAGGGAUCAGCAAUGCUUCCUCCCGAGCGACUCCCCAGGAGGCUGCAACCUCUCCGUCACCCGCGGGAAAAUCCGAGCCCACUACUCUACGAAUAACCCAGAAGCAUCGCCAGGCAAAACUAACCGAGAUGGCCACAUCGAUCAUAAACGCGCUGUACGAGUCGGGCCGGCUAACCGCCCCCGGGGAGAACUGCGAGUUGGCGCCGGUGGAGAUCAACAUCAACACGGGCAUCAGGGUCGAAGGUAGUCGGAAUGCGGUCUGUGUUGGUGUUCCGGUUCGGCUCCAGAGCAGCAAGGGUGGCCAGACGGGGGCGGAGAAACAGUACCUCAACUCGAAUAGAAAGAGACGGGCUUUAUCAGAACCUCUCGAAGUACCAACCUCUAAGAAGAACUGCUUGACAUAG